AUGAAGGGUUUGAUGCGGUUUGGUAGAAAGGGUAAGCUUAGCCCUCGUUUUAUUGGCCCUUAUGAGAUUGUUAGGCGAAUGGGGAAAAUGGCUUACGAGUUGAAGUUACCGUCUGAGAUGGCCAUGGUGCAUCCUGUGUUUCACAUUUUGAUGCUGAGGUUGUAUAAACCUGAUCCUUCUCAUGUCUUAUCUCAUGAAGGUAUUGAAAUCAACGAAGAGUUGUCUUAUGAAAAAAAACCUGUGCAAAUCUUAGAUCGGCAAGUUCGAAGGUUGAGGACGAAAUAUGUAGCUUCGAUGAAAGUCCUGUGGCGAAAUCAUAAUAUUGAAGAAGCAACUUGGGAAGCAGAGGAGGACAUGCGUAAAGAGAUACCCUCACCUAUUUCCUAUUCCAGGUAUGUGUUGAACCUUUCAGUUAUUGGGACUUUGCGAAGGUGUAGAUUAGAAGUGUGA